UUCACACUACUGAGUGUACUGUAAUUACCCUAGAUAAAACCAAUUGGUUUUGGUUUUAUCUAGGGUAAUUACUAACCUAUAAUUUAAACUAUCAAAUGUUAAUAAUUUAAUGGUUUUAAAGUACUGUUUUGAAAUACAUGAUCAUAUAUUCCUGUACCAGCCAAUAUGGAUUUCGGCGAUUUAAAAGACGAUAUAGCUAUCCAAGAAAAGCUUACUAACUUCCAGAGCAGUGUAAAAAAAAUUACCCAAAUGCUUCAAGUAGCACUAAGCUCAGACGUUUACGAAAAGCUAUCCAUAAAGGAAAAAGUUGAGUAUGAUUUGUUUCAAGCAUACACUUUAAGUACUUUAUACUGGAUCUAUUUGAGGAAUAGAAACGAGGAUCCCAACAAAAAUGACGUCAAAAAUCAACUAAAUAGAAUCAAAGACUGCAUGGUUAAAGCUAAACAGGCACACGAAAGGCAGACUAUAAGGCCCAGAAUAGAUCAGCAAGCGGCCGGAAGAUUUGUGAAACAUGGGAUCCAAUACAAAGAUAAAUCCAAAGGUCUACCACCAAAUAAGAAAAUUAAGUUUUCAGAUUGAAUUGCAAGUUACGCUUCUGGAAUAUACACAUUUAUUUUGUAAAUAUAUAUUUGCAGAUUUUAACUACCUAUUGUAUUGCAUUUUUAUCACCGUUAGGUUUAGUAUGACAACAUGAAUAAAUAUGUAAAUAAAUAAAACAAAUUUUGGUGUUGCUGCAGAUAUCAUUUCAGUUUUACAUAACAUGUAAUUAAUAUACGUAUUUUAUUAUUAGUUGUCACAACAUAUUCAAAUUUUAUAAAUAAAUAGUCUUUUGAAUUGUGUUA